UCAGGAAAUACAAUGCUGGGAGUCAGUCACGUUGUCACUACAAGUGUUGGGAUGUGCGAUAUUGAUAUCAGACCAAUUUGCUAAUGGGCGUUCGACUGGGCUUAUUUUGGACAGUGGAGCCACUCAUACCACUGCAAUUCCAGUUCACGAUGGCUAUGUCCUUCAGCAAGGUAUUGUGAAGUCCCCUCUUGCUGGAGACUUUAUUACAAUGCAAUGCAGAGAGCUCUUCCAGGAAAUGAACAUAGAACUGAUUCCCCCAUAUAUGAUUGCAUCAAAAGAACCUGUGCGUGAAGGAUCACCAGCAAACUGGAAAAGAAAAGAGAAGUUGCCUCAGGUUACAAGGUCUUGGCACAAUUACAUGUGUAACUGUGUUAUCCAGGAUUUUCAAGCUUCAGUUCUUCAAGUAUCAGAUUCACCGUAUGAUGAACAAGUAGCCGCACAGAUGCCAACUGUUCAUUAUGAAUUCCCCAAUGGCUACAACUGUGAUUUUGGAGCAGAACGGUUAAAGAUUCCUGAAGGGUUAUUUGACCCUUCCAAUGUAAAGGGAUUAUCAGGAAAUACAAUGCUGGGAGUCAGUCACGUUGUCACUACAAGUGUUGGGAUGUGCGAUAUUGAUAUCAGACCAGGUCUCUAUGGCAGUGUCAUAGUGGCAGGAGGAAACACGCUAAUACAGAGCUUCACUGACAGGUUGAAUAGAGAACUGUCUCAGAAAACUCCCCCUAGUAUGCGGUUGAAAUUGAUUGCAAAUAAUACGACAGUGGAACGGAGGUUCAGUUCAUGGAUUGGUGGCUCUAUUCUAGCUUCUCUGGGAACCUUUCAACAGAUGUGGAUUUCCAAACAAGAAUAUGAAGAAGGAGGGAAGCAGUGUGUAGAAAGGAAGUGCCCUUGAAAAGUGUUCCCACACCUCCACCUUCCUGUCACCUUAACGUUUCAUAGCUUUAGUACACUCAGGAAAAGAAUGACCAUCUUUUGUAGAAUGUUUAUACAUUUUUGUAUUUUUCAAUUUCCACUUAAAUUUCUCAAGGCUUUA